AAGAUAAAGAAAAACUAAAAGCGGAAAUUACUCCUACAGAAAAAAGGGAGAUUGAAACUGAAACUGCCGUAGCAUCAUCAGCGGAAAAACAGGUUAUAACUUCUGCCAACCAACCAUCAUCAAUAACUACGAAGCCUGAACAUCAGAUAGCUACCUCAGUGCCAAGUAAAACUAGUAUCAAGCACGAAGAGCAAGUUCUUGAAUCAUCUAAAGUGUUAGAAAAAAAUAUUAUUGAACUCAAAGAAGUUGUUGAAACAUGUCAAAAGGUCAAAUACGGUACUAAACCUGAAAAUGAGAAAACGCAAAUGACAGUAACCGAGAAAUUAACUACAGAACAUAUUAAACAAGCCCCCAAGCAUGACAAACCAAUUUCAGGACAAGAAAUGGAUAUAGUGAAACAAAAAGAUAGUCAUGAAUUAAAUGACGAAGAUACGGCGAAACAAAAUCCUGAGCAGUCAACCCCAAGAGAUGACGGAACAAGAAUUACAAAAACUACAAUUACAAAAACAGAUCCAUCCAAGUCUUCAUUACAGACGACUAGCACAAUAACAGCUACUAAGACAUCAACUGUGACAACAAUAGAGGUCACUCAAAGUGCAUCUUCAUACAAGAUCAGUCCUGAAGAUUACGAAUCUGAGGUCACUAUUGAAGAAAUUGAUAGUGAACCUUGCCAAUCUUCACAAGUGCUUGAUAAAGAAUAUACUACGGAUGUUUCUAAAGAUCGUUAUGAAAUAACAACUGAAGAUGUAUCUCCCAAAGACAUAAUCAAGUCUAAACCUAUUGAUGAAGCUUAUAUAAAACAGAAAUCACCCGAAGUAGAAACAAAAAUAGCUGAACCUCCCAAAAUUAUCGAAGUGACCGAGGGUGUUAUUUUUGAUCCUAAAACAUCUUUGGUUAUUUCAGAAGCUAUUGGAGUGUCUGGAGAUUUGUUAGAAGCUGUAAAUAAAGGUGUCGUUCCAUCUCAGAAUGUUAAAGUUGUAGAUCCGAAAACAGGUGUUCAGAUUUCACUCCCAGAAGCUAUUAAAAAAGGUGUUGUCGACGAAAAAACUGGCAAAGUGAAAGACACAACAGGGAAAAAAAUUAGUUUCGCAGAUGCAGCGAAGUUGGGGCUUGUAGCCGUUGUGGGUGCACCUAUUUACGCAGCAUCUAAAGUAAUUGAAAUUGUUAAAAAUGCAGUCGUAGUUGAUCCUAAAACUGGAGAAAAAUUACCUAUAGAUCAAGCUCGUCAACGCGGCUUAAUUGACUCACAGGCUUAUGGCAAAUAUGAAGAGGUUAUAAAAAGUAAUACUUGUCAAGAUAUUACUACUUCUCAGGUUACUGAAUAUAUCAAAACAGUAGUAGUCGUCGAUCCGAAAUCAGGCGAAAAAUUAUCCAUAGAUGAUGCUUAUCAGCGUGGACUUGUUGAACCCGAUGUUUAUGAAGAGUACAAAAAAUCUGGGCAAAUUGCAAAUACUGAAGGAUUAGUUUCUUCAACAGAAACUAGUCCUAAAAGGGAAAUUUUGCAGCCAAGUUCGAUUGACGAAUCUUCUUUGAUUAUACGACAAGGUACUAUGACCGUAACUGACAUCGUCAAAACGGUCAUUGUAGAUCCUAAAACCGGUGAACAAGUAACUUUAGAGGAAGCCCUUAACCGUGGUUUAGUUAACCAAAAGGAGUAUGACACAUUACAAGAUACUGCCAAAUCUUAUAGUCCACAAAAUAUAGUUGUAUCAAAAACUUCAGAAACAAAAUCAUUCCUUAUUGAAGAUCCUAAAUCUGGUAAGAAAUUGAAAUUAGACGAGGCACUUGAACAAGGUAUAAUUGACUCUGAUACUUAUGAAACAUAUGAAGAUUCUUCUAAGUCGUACGAUGUCAGAGAUGUAUAUGUUAUUGAUCCUAAAACAAACGAGAAGUUACUAUUAGAAGACGCUUUAAAACAGGGUGUCAUUGACUCUGAGAGUUAUGAGAAGCUUAAAGAUAAUGCAGAUCACCAACAAGUAUCACAUGAAACUAAAGUUAUUAAAACCAUUCUCAUUAAAGAUCCACAAACAGGUGAAAAUAUGUCUUUGGAGGAAUCUUUAAAUAGAGGUGUUAUAGAUAAAGACACAUAUAUAAAAUAUAACGAAGUGUUAAAAUCUAACAAUCCUGAAGAUUUGAUGCUUCUGCAACGUCUUAAGGAUUUUGAUAUAACAGUCACCGAACAGAUUGUACAACACCAAGUAAUAACUAAAACUACAACCAGGGCUGGAGAAAUAAUAACAAGUAAAAAAAUUGAAUAUGAACCGACCAUUUCUAUAGAACAAAAAGUCUCAGAGUUCGAAGGUCCAAUUCAGACAGUUGUUAAGGACGGUAAGACCGUAUCUGCCAUGUUGAUUGAUGCCGAACGACAACCCUUAAGGGUAAUUGAUGAAAUAACUGAACAAAAUGUAACGAAAGAGAAACAGACUCCUGUUAAACCAUUAUAUGAAAACGUAACGCUCAUCGAUGCUAUUGCUCAAGGUAAAGUGGAGCCUAAAAUUUGUAGGAUUAUCAUAAACGGCGUUGAAUCUCCACUUACUGUUCAAGACUCUCUUGAACAGGAACAGAUAAGCCGAUUUGUACAGGUUGAUGUACUGUCUAAAAAUUGUGUAGUGUUGAAAGAGACCAAACCCGCUUACUGUGUCGCUAUAUCUCAAAGAUUAACCCCAGAAGAAUUAUCAGAAAUGGGCGUAUAUGAUAUUGAGAAAGGUAUUUUCUUAAAUCCUGAAACAGGGGCUAAGAUAUCCUUUGAAGAGUUGGUUUAUAGCUUACAAAUAUUCGAUCCCGAGGCUAUAUUAGUUAAAGAUUUAAGUUCUAAAUCGGACGAUUACAUUUCAUUUGAUGAAGCUAUCGCUAGACCUAUAAUUGAUAAAACCACAGGUCACAUGGUCAAUCCGAAAACCGGUAAACGCGUGCCCUUCUUAGAAUGCGUUCAAUUGCGAUGGAUUGUAGAGAAACCUGAUGAUGUUUCAAUAACGGAACAGGUCACAAUUGAAUCCGCGCUAGAACAAGGACUAUAUAAUGCUCAGACAGGUGUAAUAAAAGAUGUUAAUACUGGUGCCUUAGUGCCUAUAGGUGAAGCGGUGCAAAAAGGCUUGAUAGAUCAUGAGUCUUUGUUAAUCACCGUACCGCGAACUAAUGAAUUAGUAACUCUCUCAGACGCAAUAGAGCGUGGUAUACUCGAAAUUCACGACGGGGUUAUCACUAUUAUUGAGACGCAAGAAAUCAUUGAAAUAUCUGUUGCUAUCCAACGCGGUUUGAUUACUAUCAUCCGACGGGCUGUUUCUAUUGAAGCAAUUAUAAAGAGCCAAAUGUAUGAUUCCAAAACGGGAAAAGUUAAGGAUAUUUUGACUGAUCAAUUAAUUACUGUACGCGACGCGGUAGAUAGGAACAUAGUUCAUCCAACAAUAUCUGAAGUAAAAGAUACGGGAACCGAUAAAUUCCUACCAUUAGGAGAUGCUCUUGAUGUAAAACUCGUUGAUCCAAUAACAGGGAAAUUAAAAGACAAAAAGACUGGUAAAUACAUUCCAUUAGACGAUGCAUUAAAUAAAGGAUUGGUUGCUACUAAAUCUGUUACUUUCACUUUGUUCGAUAUCAUCGAAUUAGGUUACUAUACACCUGAAAAUGGACAAAUUCUAAAUCCGAUAUCGGGUAAAAUUAUAACACUGAAGAAAGCUAUUCACGAGAAACUUGUAGAUCCUACCGAGAUACAAAUUAAAGAUGAUAAGUCAGAGGCAGUUGUAUCGUUCGAUAAAGCUGUACAGUCUGGCCUGAUAGAUCUUGAACAAGGAAUAAUCACGUCACCAGUUAUGAACCUUAAAGAUGCGUGUGAUAAGGGUUAUCUUCUUAGCGAUAAAAAACCAUGGACAUUACAAGAAGGUCUCGUACAAGGAUUUUACGAUCCUGGAACGGGUCUUUUGACAAUUAAUAAUGUUACAAUGACUUUAGAAGACGCUAUCAAAAUUGGUAAUAUAAAUCCAGAAGCUUUGACUGUAAGAAAUGCAAUAACGGGGGAAAUUAUUUCAUUGUCAGACGCUAUCAAAGUAGGAAUAAUUGACUCUAAAGAAGGUAGGGUUAGAGAUCCGGUUCACGGGGAUAAAAUAUCCCUUACAGAUGCCGCUGAACGUGGUUUAAUUGUACCCGCCAAACGAAAAUUAAGUUUGCCAGAAGCAGUAUUUAAGGGUUUCUACGAUCCAAAAACUGGUAAAUUUUCACAUCCUCAAAGUAAAGAGAAAGUGCCCACUGAUAGGGCAAUAAGGAAACGAAUGAUAGAUCCUCAGUCAACUUUGGUACACUUUGCUGGUAAAGUAAUUCCGUUUGAAUUCGCAGUAGACAGAGGUAUUGUAGAUAGCAGAACAGGUACUAUAUUUGUAGGCGAUGAAAAAAUUGACUUCCGUGAAGCUUUUGAAAGGGGGGUUUUAGUUGAAGUUCGUAAACCUUUAUCGCUCGUUGAAGCUAUUGAAAAGGGUGUUUAUAAUGAAAUAUCUGGACUGUUUAUGGAUCCACAAACUGGUAAAAAGUACACUCUUACUGAAGCAAUUAAACUUCAUUUGAUCGAUCCUCAUUCAGUGCACAUUCAAGACAAUAGAUUAGGUAAAUGGGACAAGUUGUCAUUACCAGAGUCCUUAGAAACAGGAGUCAUAGAUGAUCAAAGUGGUAAGAUCAGAAAUAUAAAUAAUGACAAUGAAGAAAUUUCUUUACGCAAAGCAUUUGAAAUCGGUCUCCUUGUUGAUAGUAAAGCACCAAUAAGCUUGCAAAGAGCAUUGCAUCAAGGACUUUACGAUGAUGCGACCGGUAAAUUUAUUGAUCCAACUAGUAAUCGUAAAAUUACUCUUCAUGAAGCUAUUAGGAGGUCAGUCAUUAGUCCGAAGUAUCUAUGCUACUUCGACAAAAAGUCUGAAAAACCUUUGUCUCUUGGAGAGUGUUGCCGUAACGAAAUUAUUGAUAGGAGAAGUGGCAAGUUCCACGAACCAGGUUCCGAUGUCCAGAUACCCUUAUCUGAAGCCAUGAGUCUAGGAUUAAUCGUGGAUAUUGAAAGUGCUGGCUUCACUUUGUACGACACAUUAGCCAUGAACAUGUAUAACAUAACAGAAUUAAUAUUUAUUCAUCCGGUAACGGAACGUAAAAUAACACUUAAUUUAGCAAUAGCUGAAGAGCUCAUAAAUCCUGAAACUUCCUUGGUUAAACAUAUACCGUCUAGCAAAUAUAUUAAAUUGACUGAAGCCAUCGAAAGCGGUAUAGUAGACGAUGAAAACAAUAUUUACGUUCUACCUAACGGCAAUCAAAUCAAUUUGUUAGAUGCUAAACAUCGCGGUCUUGUUGUAACGACAAAGAAAAAUCUUAGCCUAGAAGAAAUAAUUAGAAACGGCUUAUUUAGAGCGGAUAACGGCAAAAUCGUUGAUCCAUGCACAAACGAAUUCAUCGAUAUAAAUAAAGCUAUCGACAUUGGUCUCCUCAAUCCGGAACUUACAGUUGUUAAAGAUAGCUUUACGAAUAAAUACAAACCGCUUUUAUUGGCUAUUCAACAAGGUGAUGUUGAUGUUGCAAAAGGCAGGGUACUAGAUACAAAAGCAAAGAAAACAUUUAGCAUUGACACUGCGUUCGAUAAGGGUUUGCUCGUGACUGUUAUACAGCCAAUUACUUCUCAAACAAUAUCUAGAAAAUUCGUGUCAGAUAGUGCGGCCUAUAAACAACCCAUGCUUAGGGAAUUUUCUCUUGAUGAAGCUAUCAAGUAUGAAUUUAUUGAUCCAGAAACGGCCGUCAUAAAAGAUCCCCAUAAGAAUAAAUACAUUCCACUUAACCUAGCUAUUACUGAGGGUAUUAUUGACAAAAAUGCGAAGGGAUCUUUCGAUACUCAGAAUAGGUCGCGCACGCUUUGUUUCGUUUUUGAAAACGGUUUAAUUGUGUACGUAAGAGAGCCUCUUACGUUCGAACAAGCGCUCGAAAAGGGUUACCUUAACGUUAGUACCGCUCGAUUUACCGAUCCAUCCUCCAACGAAGUGCUCACGAUUAAAGACGCAACCACACUUGGGUAUAUUGAUGCAGACACAGCGCUCAUCAAAGAUAAUCUCAAAAAAAGGCUAACUAAACUUCCGGAAGCUUUCCGUAAGGGUUUCAUGGACGCUGAAAAAGGCAAUAUAUUAGACACUGAGACCUCAAAACUUAAUACAUUAUCUGCUGCAAUCGAAAGCGGUCUACUCAUGACGCCAAAGAAGAGCUUCACCUUAAUCGAAACUCUAAAUUUCGGUAUCUACAAUCCUACUACCGGUGCCUUGAACGAUCCAUUCAUUACUACCAGCGUUAUCGAUAGAAAGAGGCUUAAUUUAGACGAAGCGAUCCAACAAGGAAUCGUUGACCCGUCAAGCACAGUUGUCAAGGAACCGGAGACCGGAAAGAUAUUGCCAUUGGUUCAAGCUAUAGAACAAAGGUUGGUUGAUCCCGUUGAAGGCAGACUCACGAUUGAUGCAAAGAAAGGAAUCAGUCUUGAUUUAGUCAAAGCCCUAAAGAAGGGAUAUUUGCUGCCAGCAGAAACGAGGCAAGCAGUAGAAGAGAAAUAUAGGCUUUGCGACGACACCCUGUCGAAAUUGCUCGAAUGGAUCGGCAAUGUCGAAGACCGAUUAGCCAACCAAGAGGCAGUAAAGGAAGAUAUCGAUGAACUACGUAACCAGAUAAAUACAUUGAAGUCGAUCAAGGAUGACCUUGAGGGUCAUCAGCGUCAAGUAUCCGCUUGCGCAGACCAGGCCAAGCAACUCCUCGUGUCCGGAGGCGACGUGCUUGCUCCACAUGAGGUGGCAGCACUGGAGCGCGGCGUGCGCCAGCUGAAGCAGCGCUGCGACAAGUGCUCCGACAAGUGCGACAAGAUGCUGAGAAGGCUCGCGGCCGCCAGGGACGAGCUCGCCAAGUUCAUCAACGAAUUGAACACAUUUAACGUAUGGAUGGAUGGCGCGUACCGCACGUUGGAAGACAAGGAGGCGGCUCUGUCCAAGCUGGACACGCUCUCCUCGCAAACGGACGACAUCAGAGAGUUCGUGUCUGACGUCAUCGCGCACCAAGCAGACCUGAGGUUCAUCACAAUGGCCGCGCAGAAGUUCGUCGACGAGAGCAAGGAGUUCCUGUCGAUCCUGAACGAGUACCGCACGUCGCUGCCGUCGCGGCUGUCGCACGUCCCGGCGGGCGAGGAGGGCGCGGUGCGGGGCGCGGCGGGCGCGGCGCGGCGGGCGCACGGCGAGCUGGCGGCGCGGGCGCAGCGCCUGCAGGACCGCCUGCGCGCCGCCAGCGACCGCGCCGCGCACCACGCGCACGCGCUCGCCAGGGCCCAGCGCUUCCUCGACGAGGUGGAACCCCAGGUCCGCAGCGUGCUGUCGGAGCAGGUGGGCGGAGAGCCUCGCUCUGUGGAGGCGCAGCUGUCCCGCGCCAAACAUCUGCACAACGAGAUCCUGGCGCAGGGACGACUCAUCGACAACGCCAAGGAUGCUUGUGACCAACUAGUAAAAUCUCUAGAGGGUCACUUGACUCCUGCCGAGAUUCGGCAGUUGGAAGUGCCGGUGGUGGACCUCACCAGCCGGUACCAUGACCUCUCCGAGGCCGUUGGUAGCCGAUGCUCGGAACUGGAGGCUGCCCUGCUGCAGUGCCAGGGUCUGCAGGACUCCGUCGAGGCCCAGGCGCAUUGGUUGGGCGAAGCCGAGGACUUGUUUAAACAGCAGCUGGUGGGCGCGUCGCUGGUGGUGGCGCGGCUGGAGGAGCAGGUCCGGGAGCAGCGGCGCGCGCACGCACAGCUGGGCGGGCGGCGCGCCACGCUGCAGGCGCUCGCGCACUGCGCCGCCGCCGAGCCCGCGCCCUCCCGCCUCGCCAAGAAGCUGGAGCAGCGCGCGCAGGACAUAUACGCGAGAUACGAAAAGCUAGUGGAACGCUCGGCCAAACGCUCUGAAUUCUUGGACGAAGUGUCGGCCGAGUUGGCCCAGUUCACCCAACAGGCCAACGUGUUGGACGCGACGUACGGCCAACUCAUCGAGCAGUCCGAGGGCCGCGAGCUCGCCAGGAUGCCGGCCGACCAGCUCGGGGCUAGACUGGCCGACCUGGCCAACUAUAGGGACAAACAAAUGCCGCUUCUAGACGAAUGUCUGCGUAUGGGGAAGAGGUUGGUCGCGAAGAAAGACGUCACCGACACGCACGUUGUACUCGACAAAAUGAAGGCUCUGGAGAACCAGUGGCGCGACUUCAACACGUCCUUGGAAGAGAAGCAGAAACUGUCCAGACAGCGCGCCGACCAACUCACCCAAUACGAGUCUUUGAAGAUUCAGGUACUGGACUGGCUCCAAUCGAUGGAGAACAGAGUGUCUCACCUCCAGCCCGUGGCAGUCGACCUGGACGUCAUCAAGCGUCAGCAGGACGAGCUGCGCCCUCUAGCGAAGGAGUACAGAGACUACUCCAUAACCAUAGACAAGGUGAGCGAGGCCGGCGCCGCGUACGAGGCGCUGCACCGCGCCGACCGCGCCGACAGCCCGCACCGCAAGAGGCAGCUCUACAGCCCGACCAAGCGACACACGCCCAGUCGCACUUUGGAUGGAAGGUCGCCUUCUCCAGGCAAGGGCUCAGUCCUCGUCAGUCCGGGAUCUACUUCGAGCGGAUUCUCGUCACGACGAUCCAGCCAAGACGGCUUCCAUCUUGAAGAACUGUCCCCGGUCCAGCAGCAACUGUCUGAGAUCAACAACCGGUACAGUCUGCUGGGCACGAAGCUGUCGGACCGCCACUCCGAGCUGGAGGCCAUCAGGGAGGAGAUCAAGAAGCACUUGGAGAGCUUUAAGACUUUGAACGCGUUCUUGGACAAGGUGCAGAGACAAUUGCCUAAGGACACAGUCCCCAACAACAAGGAGGAGGCUGAUAAGAUCAUAAAACAAGCUCGCGCCGUCCUCGAAGAGAUGUACGAGAAACAGAGCAUCCUCGACUCCACUAAGACACAGGUACGAGAACUCCUGAAGCGCAAACAGAGCGUGCAGGGGGCGGACCGUCUGCACGACGAGAUGGAAGACGUCGCCUCCAGGUGGAAGGCUCUUCACGACGGCUUGAAAGACAAGAUAAGACUGAUGGAGGAGAUGAAGGACUUCUUGGACACACACUCGAACCUGUCCCAGUGGCUCAACGCCAAGGAGCGCAUGAUGGCGGCCCUGGGACCCAUCUCCACCGACUCCAGCAUGGUGCACACACAAGUACAGCAGGUGCAGGUCCUCCGCGAAGAGUUCCGCAGCCAGCAGCCGCAGCUGACCCACCUGGAGGAGGUGGGCAGCGCCGUGCUGUCCCGGCUGCCGCCCCACUCCGCGGACGCGCGCGCCCUCCAGGGACAACUGCAUGACGUUACGCAUCGCUGGGACGACCUCCUUGCCAAGCUGGCGGCGCGCGCGGAGAGCCUGGGCACGGCGGCGGACACGGCGCGCGAGUUCGACGCGGGGCUGGCGCGGCUGCGGGGCGCGCUCGCCGCCAUCAGCGACAAGCUGGACGAGCUCGCGCCCGACCACGAGCCCGACGAGCAGCUGCGCAAGAUCGAGCACUUGGAGCGCCAGCUGGAGGGGCAGCGGCCGCUGCUGGCGGGGCUGGAGGUGUCGGGCGCGGCGCUGGCGGGCGUGUGCGAGGCCGCCGCGGCGCAGCACGUGGGCGCGCGCCUGGCCGCCGCCGCCCGCCACCUCGACACCCUGCAGCGGAAGCUGGACCACAGGAAGGCCGAGCUCGAAGCCGCGCUCAAGGACGGCCGCAAUCUCGAAGAGAACGUCGCCCGAACCCUCGGCUGGCUCCAGUCUGAGCUGGGCUCGCUGCCGAGCCGCCUCCAAGUGUCCGCGGACAUCAACAAACUGCAACAACAGAUACAGAAACACGAGCCCCUCUACAGAGAUCUCACUCAACGGGAACAUGAAAUUAUUAUGUUGAUUGAUAAGGGCCGUGAAAUGGAAAAGAAACCUUCUCACCAGAACUUAAGGAAGGAUCUCGAUCGUAUACAAGCUCAGUGGGACAAGCUGAAGCGAGAGAUUGUCGACAGAAACACAAGACUACACACCGCCAUGGAACACUGCCGUAAGUUCCACAAGUGCCAAGAGUCGUUCUUGCCGUGGCUGGCGGACACCGAGGAACGCAUCGCCAAGCUUCCUCCGCCGGCAUUCUCCAAGAAGGAAGUUGAGAAACAACUUAGAGAACUGCAACACAUCCGAAACGACAUAUGGAAGAGGGCCGGAGAGUUCGAGAACAACAAAACUCUCGGUGAGACUUUCAUUUCGUCGUGUGACGUCGACCAAGACGUGGUCCGAACGCAAAUUGACAGCAUGAAGGAAAGAUGGGACAAGAUAAACAACGAGGUUCUCCAGCAAGUGGAGUUCCUGGAGACGACGAGCCGCAUGCUGGGCGAGGUGCUGGAGAAGAGCCGCGGCGUGGAGACUCCGCUGCAGCGCUGCGAGGAGCGGCUGCGGGACGCGCACGCCGCGCCGCCCGCGCUCGCCGCGCCCGCACUCGCCGCGCUCGCCGACCAUCUGCAGGCCCUGUGCGCGCCGCUGCAGAGCGUGGAGGUGGCAGUAGAUGACAUAGUGACGAUGGCGGAGGAGCGGCUGGGCCCCGAGGGCGGAGCCCGGGCCCGCGCGGCGCUGGAGGAGGGCCCGCGUGCCCUGGCCGAGCGGCUGCACCGGCUGCAGGACCAGGCCGACCUCGCACGCACCAGGCUCGCGGGCGCCACGGCCGCGCUCACUCACUUCCAGGACAAAGUGAAGAGUCUAUCGCACGACCUGUCGGACCUGGACAAGGAGUUGGACUCGAUGAAGCCGCCGGGGCGCGACCUCAAGACCGUGAAGCAGCAGCUGGAGGACGUGGCACGCUUCUACAAGCGGCUGGAGGGCGCCGACGACCUCAUCGCGCAGGCGGAGCGCGCCGCCGAGGGGCUCGCCGACAGCGGCUACACCGCCGACUCCGCCAAGACCAGGGACCAGGUGGAAGGGCUCCGUAAGCAGCUAGCCAAGCUGGACGAGAGGGCUCGCUCCAAGGAGCAGGACCUCGAUGACACCCUCAGCAAACUGGAAGCCUUCUAUAAGGCCUACGAUUCGGUCAUGGAUGACGUGCAGGAGGCUUCGGAACAAAUGAGAAGUCUGAAGCCGGUGUCGUCGGAAGUCGACCAGAUCCGCGCCCAGCAGAAGGACUUCGCGGAACUAAAGCGUCGCACGCUCGAGCCCCUGGGACAGAACGUGACCCACUGCAACAAGAUCGGGCAGGGGCUGGUCAGGUCCGCCCUGCAGGGAGCCAACACUCAGGCGCUAGAGAAGGACCUCGAGAAGAUGAACGACAAAUGGAACGCUCUGAAGGAAAAGAUGAACGAACGCGAGCGGCGCCUGGACGUGGGGCUGCUGCAGUCCGGCAAGUUCGCUGAGGCGCUGGCCGGCCUGGACAAGUGGCUCGCCGACACCGAGGACAUGGUGCGCAACCAGAAGCCGCCCUCGGCCGACUACAAGGUCGUCAAGGCGCAGCUACAGGAGCAGAAGUUCCUGAAGAAGAUGUUGAUGGACCGUCAAAACUCCAUGUCGUCUCUGUUCGCGAUGGGCAACGAGGUGGCUGCCGGCUGCGAGCCUCAGGAGAGAAAGGCCAUCGAGAAACAACUCAAGGGCCUGGUGCAGAGGUUCGACGACCUCACCACCUCCGCACAACAGAGGAUGCUGGAUCUGGAACAGGCUAUGAAGGUAGCAAAGCAAUUCCAAGAGGAGCUGCAGCCCCUGGUCGAGUGGCUGGGAGUGUCAGAACGUAAAGUCAAGUCUUUGGAACUGGUGCCCACUGAUGAGGAAAAAAUACAGCAGAAGAUCAGAGAGCAUAAGGCCCUCCACGACGACAUCCUGUCAAAGCAGCCGGCGUUCAAGCAGCUGACGGAGACAGCCUCGACCCUGAUGGGGCUGGUCGGGGACGACGAAGCCACCGCGCUGGCCGACAGGCUGCAGGCCGCCACCGACAGAUACCAAACUCUGGUGGAUCACAAUUUGAACGUAGGCGAUCUGUUGGAGAGCUCUCGCAAGGGGCUGCGGCACCUCGUGCUCACGUACCAGGACCUGUCCGCCUGGAUGGACGGCAUGGAGCAGUACCUCGCCAAGAGGAAGCUGCUCCCGGUCCACAUGGAGAAACUGCUCCGGCAAAUGGACGAAUUGGCUGAGAAAACUGAAGAAAUAGCCGUGAAGCAAGAAGCAGUCGACAGCACCGUGGACUCGGGCCUCGAGCUCAUGAAGCACAUCUCCGGAGACGAAGCUCUGCAGCUCAAGGACAAGCUGGACGCCCUGCAGCGCCGGUACAACGACCUCACCAGCCGCGGGGCCGACCUGCUCAGGGUGGCCUCCGAGACCCUGCCCCUCGUGCAGCAGUUCUACAACAGUCAUGCCAAACUAACGGAAUGGAUGACGAGCGCGGAGACGUGCCUGCAGUCAGUGGAGCCCCGCGAGGAAGACAUCCUGCGGCUGGAGGUGGAGCUGCAGGAGUUCAGGCCGGUGCUGGACACCAUCAACUCCGUCGGACCGCAGCUCUGUCAGAUAUCUCCCGGAGAGGGCGCCACUCACAUCGAAGGAAUCGUGACCCGCGACAACAGGAGGUUCGACGCCAUCGCCGAGCAGGUGCAGAGGAAGGCCGAGAGGCUGCUGCUCAGCAAGAAGCGUUCCCUGGAGGUGGUGGGCGACAUGGAGGAGCUGGUGGAGUGGCUGCGCGGCGUGGAGGCGCGCCUGCGGUCCGCCGCGCCGCCCUCGUGCGAGCCCGCCGCCGUGCGCGCGCAGCUGCGCGACCAGCGCCCGCUGCACGACGAGCUGGCGGCGCAGCGCGUGCGCUGCCGGGACCUGCUCGCACAGGCCAAGAAGGUGGUGCGCGAGUGCGGGUCCGCGGAGGAGGCGGCGGGCGUGCGCGCGCGGAGCGAGGAGCUGCGCGAGGUGAUGGAGGAGGUGGGGGCGCUGGCCGCCGCGCGCCUCGCCGCGCUCGAGCACGCGCUGCCGCUCGCAGAGCACUUCGCCGACACGCACCUCGGUCUCACGUCCUGGCUGGACGACAUGGAGAGGCAGAUCCACAUGCUGGCCAUGCCCGCGCUCAGACCCGAGCAGAUCGCCCAGCAGCAGGACAAGAAUGAGAUGCUGCAACAGUCCAUAGCGGGGCACAAGCCGCUGGUGGACAAGCUGGUGAAGACGGGCGAGGCGCUGGCGCGGCUGUGCAGCGAGCUGGACGCCGCCAAGCUGCAGGACGUGCUGGAGGGAGACUGCGAGCGGUACAACGCGCUGCGGGCCGAGCUGCGGCUGCGGCAGCAGGAGCUCGAGCAGGCUCUGCAAGAAUCGUCCCAGUUCUCGGACAAGCUGGAGGGCAUGCUGCGGGCGCUGUCAGGCGCCGCCGACCAGCUGCAGCGCGCCGAGCCGGUCUCCGCUCACCCACCCAAGAUCGAAGACCAAAUCGAAGAGAACGACGCCCUGGUGGAGGACCUGGACAAGCGCAAGGAGGCGUACAACGCCGUGCAGCGCGCCGCCUCCGACGUGUUCAGCAAGGCCAACAAGAGCGACCCCGCCGUGCGCGACAUCCGGAACAAACUCGACAAGCUCAACAAACUGUGGGACGAGGUGCAGCGCUCGUCGGAGAAGCGGCGGCGCGGGCUGUCGGGCGCGCUGGGCGUGGCGCGCGAGUUCUGGGCGGCGCUGCGGGCCGUGUCCAGCACGCUGGCCGAGCUCGCCGACACGCUGGCCGCGCAGCCGCCGCCCGCCGCGCACCCGCCCGCCAUCCAGCAGCAGCAGCUCGCGCUGCAGGAGAUCCGCCACGAGAUCGACCACACCAAGCCCGAGGUGGAGAAAGUACGGAAGACCGGUUCCACUCUCAUGUCUCUCUGCGGGGAACCCGACAAGCCAGAGGUCAAGAAACACAUGGAGGACCUAGACAACGCAUGGGACAACAUCACAGCACUCUACGCCAGACGAGAGGAGAAUCUCAUCGAUGCUAUGGAAAAGGCGAUGGAGUUCCAUGACACCUUGCAGAAUCUCCAAGACUUCCUGGACACGGCGGAAGACAAGUUUUCGCGCAUGGGUCCGCUCGGCUCGGACAUCGACGCCGUGAAGCGUCAGAUCGCUCAGCUAGCCUCCUUCAAGCAGGAGGUCGACCCUCACAUGGUGAAGGUCGAAGCUUUGAACAGGAGUUUGACGAGGCAAGCCCAGGAGCUGACAGAGAGAACGUCGUCAGAGCAAGCGGCCGCCAUCAAGCAGCCCUUGACGGAGGUCAACGCUCGUUGGUCGGCGCUGCUCCGCGGCAUGGUGGAGCGCCAGCAGCAGCUGGAGAAGGCGCUGCUGAGACUCGGGCAGCUCCAGCACGCCCUGCAGGAGCUCCUCGCGUGGAUACAGAACACCACAGACACUUUGGACACGUUGAAACCGGUGGCAGGCGACCCCCAGGUGCUGGAGGUGGAGCUGGCCAAGCUGAAGGUGCUGGUGAACGACAUAGCGGCGCACCAGGCCAGCGUCGACACGCUCAACGACGCCGGCGCGCAGAUUGUGCACCACGGUACCGAAGAGGCGGGCGAGACGGCCGAAAAACUGGCAACACUAAACAAAAAAUGGCGCGAACUCCAACAAAAAGCAAGAGACAGACAAACUGAGCUCGAAGACGCGCUCAGAGAAGCACAGAGUUUCAAUGCGGAAAUCGGUGACCUGCUGUCGUGGCUGUCCGAAGUGGACGGCGUCAUCGCGGCCUCCAAGCCCGUCGGGGGGCUCCCGGAGACCGCCUCCGAGCAGCUGGAGAGGUUCAUGGAGGUAUACAGCGAAAUAGAAGAGAACCGCCCCAAAGUCGAAGCCGUGCUGCAGCAGGGACAGGAGUACAUCAAGCGGCAGGAGAAACCCAACCCGACUUCACAGCUCAACCACAGCCUCAAGACCUUGAAGUCUCGAUGGGAUAACGUCACUGCCAGAGCAUCCGACAAGAAGAUCAAGUUGGAGAUAGCUCUGAAGGAGGCGACGGAGUUCCACGACGCGCUGCAGGCCUUCGUGGACUGGCUCACCGCCGCGGAGAAGACCCUCACCUCGGCCAAGCCGGUCUCCAGGGUCAUGGAAACCUUGCUCACCCAAAUCGAAGAGCACAAGAGCUUCCAAAAGGAGGUGUCCACGCACCGGGAGACCAUGCUGCAGUUGGACAAGAAGGGAACACACCUCAAGUACUUCAGCCAGAAGCAGGACGUGAUCCUCAUUAAGAACUUGCUGGUCUCCGUACAGCAUCGCUGGGAGAGGGUCGUCUCCAAGUCUGCCGAAAGGACCAGGGCCCUCGACCAUGGCUUCAAAGAGGCUAAGGAGUUCAGUGACAUGUGGAACAACCUGAUGAAUUGGCUGAACGAGACCGAGGAGCAGCUGGACCAACUGAACUCGGAGGCGACGGUCAACGACCCCGAUAAGAUCAAACAGAGAUUAAACAAACACCGCGAGUUCCAAAAGGCUCUGGCUUCCAAGCAGCCAGCUUACGACCUCACUAUGAAGACCGGCAAGCAGCUCAAGGACAAGGCUCCCAAGGGUGACGAGAACACGUUGAAGACAAUGAUAACGGAUAUGAAGACGAAAUGGACAACCGUGUGCUCUAAGGCUGUUGACAGGCAACGGAAACUGGAAGAGGCGCUGCUGUACUCGGGACAGUUCAAAGACGCCAUGUCAGCGCUGCUGGACUGGCUCAAGAAGCAACAGAAGCUUCUGGAAGGAGACGCUCCCGUCCACGGCGACCUGGACACCGUGAUGGCGCUCAUUGAGCAACAUAAGCAAUUCGAAGAGGACCUGCAUUCGCGCGAGCAGCAGAUGCAGUCCGUCACCAAGACCGGCCGGGACCUGGAGGCCACCGUACCACUGGAAGAUGCCGCCAACAUCCGCCAACAAGGCAGCGAACUUAAGCAACUGUGGGACAGCGUACUCUCCCUCAGCGAGAGGAAAGCGCACAAGUUGGAGGGCGCACUCAAAGAGGCGGAAAAACUGCAUCGCUCGGUGAACAUGCUCCUGGAGUGGCUCUCGGACGCGGAGACCAAGCUUCGCUUCUCGGGCCAGCUCCCCGAAGGCGACGAGGAGACGCAGCAGCAGAUACGGGACCACGAGCGCUUCGUGCGCGAACUCAACGAGAAGAAGCAGGACAAGGACGAGACUAUCACGCUGGCUCACUCUAUCCUGAGCAAGGCGCACACCGACGCCGUCACCGUCAUCAAGCACUGGAUCACCAUCAUACAGAGCCGCUGGGACGAGGUAUGGCAAUGGGCCAUGCAGCGGGGCGGCAAGCUGGACGCGCACAUGCAGAGCCUCAGAGACCUGGACCUCGUGCUCGAGGAGUUGCUGCAGUGGCUCACCGGACUCGAGAACAACUUGCUAUCAAUGGAGACUGAGCCGCUGCCUGAAUCCAUAGAGCUUCUCGAGGGCUUGAUAGAAGACCACAAAGAACUGAUGGAGCACACUCAGAAGAGACAGAACGAAGUAGACCGCGUCUGCAAAGCGUACCAGGUGAAGAGUCAGGUUCAAGGAAGAGAAUCGACCCCAAGGAAGGUAUCAGCGAAGAGCGCCACGAAAGGAACUCCUGGGCGCGGCUCCCAGCACGACCUGCACCGGGACCGCUCGGUCUCGCCCGACUACUACGGAUCUAGAAGAUUCAGGUCCAGACUACACUCGCGAAGUAGGAGAGGAAGUCGUAUCAGCCCUGGACGGGAGACGCCAGAUCGGAACCUGCCCCACUACGGACCCCGAUUCCCGCCGAAGGGAAGCAAAGGUGCAGAGCCGGAGUUCAGGUCGCCCCGCGUGAAGCAGCUGUGGGACCGGUGGCGCAACGUGUGGCUGCUCGCCUGGGAGCGCCAGCGGAGGCUGCAUGAGCGCCUCGCCCAUCUCAAGGAACUUCAGCGCGUCUCCAACUUCAGCUGGGACGACUGGAGGAAGAGGUUCCUCAAGUUCAUGAACCACAAGAAGUCCCGCCUGACAGAUCUGUUCCGUAAAAUGGACAAGGACAACAACGGGCUGAUACCGAGGAAUGAGUUCAUCGAUGGCAUCGUCAACACCAAAUUCGACACAUCCCGGCUGGAGAUGGGCGCCGUGGCGGAUCUGUUCGACAGGAACGGCAGCGGCCUCAUCGACUGGGAGGAGUUCAUUGCGGCGCUUCGCCCUGACUGGGUGGAACGCCGCGGACCCCCGACCGAUGCGGACAAAAUUCACGACGAGGUGAAGCGACUCGUGAUGCUGUGCACGUGCCGACAGAAGUUCCGCGUGUUCCAGGUCGGAGAAGGGAAAUACAGGUUCGGGGACUCCCAGAAACUGCGUCUAGUCCGUAUCCUCCGCUCCACCGUCAUGGUGAGGGUCGGAGGGGGCUGGGUGGCGCUCGACGAGUUCCUCGUGAAGAACGAUCCCUGCAGAGCUGAAGAAUUUAUGGAGCAGUUGAGGCCUAUAUUUGAGGCUUUGAGACAGCGGGAAGAGCUCCCGUGCUCAUAUCCACUUCACGUCGGUUCUACACAUGGCACAAAGCAGGCGUUCAUUUACGGCCAUUCAAGAUCUCAGGGCUCCACGACGCCGGGUGCCCAUCAUUAUACACACCAUCACGGAUACCAACCAUCUCCAGGAUACCAUUGGGUGAGGGAAAGAACAGCUCGAUCGGUGCCUAUGUCCGCUGGAGCGGGAGCGGCCGGUCGCGCUUCCAGAUCUUCGUUGAGCGCAGGAACACCAGACUCGCUCAGUGAUAACGAAGCGGCGAGCGGACUUGGAACAAGAUACAGGAAGCCCAGCGUUCCAAGGUCCACUUUGACACCGGGAACAUCUCGACCCGGUUCUCGAGCUGGAUCGAGGGCAGGAUCAAAACCCCCUUCGAGACAUGGAUCGAAUUUAUCCUUGGAUAGUACAGACGAUGCGACAACGCCGUCCCGCAUUCCCAUGAGGAAAGUCACGAAUACGAAGACUUCGAUCGCGCGUGCUGCCGCCAAUGCAAGCAAGCUUGGGGUUAGCACACCGAACGGCUCCCGUCCGAGGACGCCCACCGGUUACCUGACGCCGGCUAGUGGAAGGUAUUCUAGCGGAGGGAUGUAUCGCACCUCAAGUAUACCGACACUGAUGGUCGUGCCGCCCCUAGCGAGCCCGACGCAUUCCCAGCCAUCUUCCAUGGCAUCUGAACAUCCCAAGUCACUGUCCCACAAUCAUCCCGCAUUCCAAACUCAGGGGUCGACCAAGAUCCCUGUUUACGUUGGCAAUCGAUCUCAGAGAACUCCCUCAGUCGAGAGACGUUUAAAACUGUCCAGAAAAUCUAAUUCCCGUGAGAAUUCUCAAGAGCCCAGUCCUACCUCCCUCGAUCCCUCCAGGAAGUCCGAGCAGAGGAGUCCCGAAGACGACUCAUCAUUGUUCAGCAUAUCUGGAAUGACGAGUGACAAUGAAUACGAAAGUAAUAUGAGCGAGUCUAGCGGCGAAGCGUCUAAGCCGACUCAACGUGGCACCAAAUGGAGUGGGUCUUUUACUUCGAACGAUCUACAAACGCCAGGACGAAGUCGCAUCCCAGUCCUUAAGGAUCAACAUACUAACAGUACUCUGAAUAGACAAAGGACGCCGUCGGGCAGCACGACGCCGGUACGGUCGGGACAGCAGACCGCGGUGUCUCGUCUACUGCGGAAGCCGUCGGACGCGUCGGAGUCCGGCACGCCGGCGACGCCCGCCGCCCGCCGCGCCCCCGCCACGCCCAAAACCACAGAGAAACGCGAACCAUUCCGAUUGUAAACGAACGUAAACAAACAACUCAUCGACACACGCGACUGAGAAAUGACAGAUGACAGAUGUAAUCUAUGCAAUGCAAGUCGCUUUGACGCUUUUGAGCCGCUCACUAAGAAACUUCAAACCGAUAUUAGUUUAAUAUUAAUUGGCUUUGUGCGAGAACAGAGCGGCUGGCAUCGGCAUAGCAACAAGUGCCGAUUAUGAUAUAUUUGUAUUAAAAUUAUACUAACAUUUAUUAACCGAUUCGCCGAUUAAGCCAAGCUUAAUUAAAAAAAAAAAUUAAAAAAAAACGAAGGAAGACGCGCGGAUGCGGCUUUUUAGUUAAGAAGUAAUAGAAGUUAGUAGUAAAACUUGAAGUCUGCACUCGUUGCCUUGUAUACAUAUUUUUUUCUACUGAACAUGCAAAUGUUGCACUGCAGGAUCAUUUCAAUGUUCUAAUAAUUAUUUUGUGCUGUUUUUUAUUUUCUAUGUUCAUACAAUGUUUUUUUUUUAUAUACCUUAUUAUGUCGAUUUGUAUAAUUCCCCUUUGUCUCUUAUUUAUUGUCGACGUUGCCAUAAUUGUUAGUGUAUGUUUUAUGAUACGUAUAAGUCUCGGUGUGAAGGAGACGAGAAGGAAAGUGUGAUUUCUUGAAACUAUUUUUUUUUUGUGGAAUAAUUUUCUUUAGGGACCAUUUUGUUAAUUGAGACUCUAGGUUAUUGCCGGUGAAUGUUUUUUUUUUGGAUCCCUUUCGAUUUCGUGAUAACGCCAGAUUACGUAUUCGGAAUGAUCCUAUUAAAAAUAUUAUCGGCGAUACGUUAAGGUGAUAUAAUAGAAUUUAUUUAUGAAUAUUUUACAUUUUUGCGUAAUACACAAUCAUGUUUCCCAUCAUUUUCAUUAAAUUCUUUUUCUUGUUUUCUUUAAUUUAAGAAUUAAAGUUAUCUUGAAUGUGUACAUUAUUUUGUAUGUUCUAUUGCGUUUCUGGCACAAUCAACGGAGUCCAUACUUUUAGACAUCAGGCACGAUCACGCCAAUCGUGUCGAAAUUCGCAUUAAUAAAAUGGCUAGCAAAGUACGUCGGGAAACGACUACUGUAAAAUUAAAAAAAAAGCUAACCAUUCACAUUGUUAAACAAGCGCUUUAAUAUUAUGUAAUCUUUCUCAUUUAUAAUGUUAACCGUCACUUAAGUAUAUAUCUGUUGAUUAUAAUCGGACUCUGUAAUAAAACUUUUAGAAAUAAAAUUUAAAAAAAACUUAA